AUGCCAGAGUGGACGUGUACAGCAUGUGCUACUGUGUUGUGCUUUGAAGAGGUCAAUCACAAGAAGGUCGUCGGCAAGCACUGCAAGACAUGCAUGCAUCGGCAGAAGACUGCUGGUACCUGGCCGGUUCCUGCCGUCGCAGGUACAUUCUGCUGCCCUUUCCGAUACCGUGGUUGUAGAUUUUCAAACGUAAUUGACCGAGUGCGCAAGCACUACGCCAAGUCUGUCGAAUGUCCAGGGCCUGGAACAGGAGACACACCCAUGUCCAUCUACGGUCCUGCUACUUCAUUGUCGUCGCAGGAACUAGGGAAAUUUGUAGAGGCUUCAUAUCCAAUGGGUCUGACUCCAAUUGCAUUGCCCAACAGUAGUUCUGUCGUAGACAAUGGCCCGCUAAUCAAAGAUCAUCCACGCCUCCUCGAGACAAUGGACUACCAUCCUCCAGGUGAUGCACCCAUUGCAACGCCAUUGUCAUCGGCCUUGCUACCCACCAAACCCAACACACCUAACGUUCUUGUGGUUGAAAGGGUUUUUACUGAUCAGGCUGCCCCGUCCAUCAGCUCCCCUGCCCCACUCAAGCCCUUGGAUAGUUCGGCAUUCUUAGACAGCAAUCAGGGGGAUCAUGUCCCAGUGCGGGGCAUAGCGCCCCUGGAUGAUCCUAUCCCUGUAGCCAUCCAGAAGGUGGAUAAUAAACGCAAGGAGACUGCGUCUAGCAGUCAGACGCAGGGUCUGACUCCAAUUGCAUUGCCCAACAGUAGUUCUGUCGUAGACAAUGGCCCGCCAAUCAAAGAUCAUCUACACUUCCUCGAGACUAUGGACUGCCGUCCUCCAGCAGGUGAUGCACCCAUUGCAACGCCAUUAUCAUCGGCCUUGCCACCCACCAAACCCAACACACCUAACGUUCUUGUGGUUGAAAGGGUUUUUACUGAUCAGGCUGCCCCGUCCAUCAGCUCCCCUGCCCCACUCAUGCCCUUGGACGGUUCGGCAUUCUUAGACAGUAGUCAGGGGGAUCAUGUCCCAGUGUGGGACAUAGCGCCCCUGGAUGAUCCUAUCCCCGUAGUCAUCCAGAAGGUGGAUAAUAAACGCAAGGAGACUGCGUCUAGCAGUCAGACGGAUGGGAAGGGAGUGCAAAAGCGCAUCAAACUCAACGCAACACCUAUGCACAGAGUACACUGUCCUAGGUGCAAUGUAUAUGUUGAUGGCAAUAGCACAUCGCUCAGAGCUCAUUUUAAGGAGAAGAAGGAGAAGGGCGGCCCAAACCAAUGGCAUAUCUACAGUUUCAGCUUUACCCCAGCAUGGGGAAACCGCAAUAUUCGUAUCUAUCGGGAAGAAGACUUAAGGUUUGUAUGCGCAUGUGGCAAGUUUUCAGAUUACAAUCAGGAUGCAAUAGAGGAACACCUCAGCUCAUUGGAUCACGCUAAUACAACAGUGGUGGACGGGCAUGGCAAAGAUAGAUCCAAGCCUUGUUGGACCAGGGCGUAG